AUGGACAAAUUAUCAAGAACAAUACAACGAUUUCAAGCCAAAAUUGAUUCUGGAUCAUUUUAUGAAGCUCAUCAAACGUUAAGAACAAUUACAAAUAGAUAUGUUAAAUCAAAACAAUAUAAAGAAGCAAGGGAUUUAUUAUAUCAAGGUACUACAAUUUUAAUUAAAAAUAAAGAAUAUGCAUCAGCAUCAGAUUUAAUCAACUACCUUAUUAAUAUUUAUGAAGAAGAACAAAUUACAAUUGAAGAUAAAGAUUCUAAAUUUAGAUUAAUUGAAUUAAUUGAAAAAUUACCAAAUAAUGAUCCUUCAUUAAAUGAUUUAGCUAAAAAUAGUAUAUCUUGGUCAACUAAAAAUAAUUCAAUAUGUAACAAAUUUGGUGAUCCUGAUUUACAUCACUUAUUUGGAUCAAAAUUUUUAGAAACUGAUGAUUCAAUUGAUGAAGAAAAUAAAGUUAAGGUAUUUGCAAUUGCUGAAUUACAUUUAGUUUUAGGUACUUCACAAUCAAUACCAUUAUAUAUAAAUUACUUGAUUAGGUGUUCAAAAGCAAAUUCAGAUGUUGAUCCAGGUGUGUUUUUGAGUAGAGCUAUUAUAAAUUAUUCAUAUUUGAAAAAUAUAAAUUUUGUUAAAGAAUCCCAAGAAUUAUUUUUGAAAUCUGUUGAAGGUGGUGAAGAAAUGGGAAGUAUUAGAUUUUUUGAACAAUUUCCAUUGUUAAACUUUCUUCAAUUAUUAGUUUUAACAUUACAAGUUGAACCAAGUACAAAUAGUGCCAAAUUUACAAAAUUAUAUUCGCAAUAUAAAUCAAUACUUGAAAAAUAUGAAAUUUUAUCAUCAAUUGAAUACUUAGGUUCAUUAUAUUUUAAUUUGAAAAUUGGAAAUCAAAAUCAACAGAGUAAUAUGUUGGCAAAUUUCAUGAGUGGGUUAUUUAAAUAA